GUGACUCUUGAGGAUCAACUUAUUUUUAUGUUCGAUAAUUAACAAUUUCUAAGUAAACCAAUGCAGUUUUGUAAUUCUUAUUGUUAUAUUUAUUAACAUUUAUUAGUUUGGAGUCUAUAAAUGGAAUAAAUUUAUCUUAAUGUAAUUAUGUUACUUGAAACCAGUUGAUCGUAUUUUUGCUAUUCAGUGUAAAUUUUCUUCCACUGGGCUACAUUCAUUUAUACGUAGGUUAAAAUAAUGAAUAAUUGUGGUGGAGUUGGAGGAGGCGGGGUGGGUGCUGGAGGAGGCCCGUACGACGCCAAGAUCGCGGGGCUCUACGACCUGCUGGACACCCUCGGCUCGGGGCACUUUGCAGUGGUGAAACUGGCCCGGCAUGUAUUCACAGGAGAAAAAGUGGCUGUGAAAGUUAUAGACAAAAGCAAGCUGGAUGAAGUGUCUAAAUCACAUUUGUUUCAAGAGGUUCGGUGUAUGAAAUUAGUGCAGCAUCCAAAUGUUGUUCGACUAUAUGAAGUGAUAGACACACAAACUAAACUAUAUUUAAUACUAGAAUUAGGAGAUGGCGGAGAUUUAUAUGACUACAUAAUGAGACAUGAAUCUGGACUAUCAGAAUCUCUUGCUCGUGAUUAUUUCCGCCAAAUAGUUCGCGCUAUAUCAUACUGUCAUAGGUUACACGUUGUGCAUCGUGACUUGAAACCAGAAAAUGUAGUGUUUUUUGAAAAACUAGGAGUAGUUAAAUUGACUGACUUUGGUUUUAGCAAUAAAUUCUGUCCAGGUCAAAAACUAGAGACUUCAUGUGGAUCCUUAGCUUAUUCUGCCCCAGAGAUACUCUUGGGUGACUCUUAUGAUGCUCCGGCUGUGGAUGUGUGGUCCCUUGGUGUUAUUCUGUACAUGUUAGUGUGUGGACAAGCUCCAUUUCAAGAAGCUAAUGAUAGUGAAACAUUGACAAUGAUAAUGGACUGUAAAUAUACUAUACCACCUCAUAUAUCAAAAUCUUGUAAAAGGCUUAUAGGUAGAAUGUUAGUGAGGGAACCUGAGAAAAGAGCUACACUUUCAGAAAUAGCCACUGAUCCAUGGGUAACAGCGGGAGAAGGCAUCACUGUUGAAGACUUUGACACUCCGCUGGUAGCCAAGGAGCAGCUGUCGGAGGAUGACCGCACCGCUAUCAUCCAACGCAUGGUCAAUGGAUCUAUAGCAACUAAAGAAGAGAUUUUAGAAUAUUUAGAAAAGAAUGACUAUAAUCAUAUUACUGCUACAUAUUAUUUAUUAGCAGAAAGGAAAUUAAGAACUAAAAGGUUGGUGUUUGUUAUCAGUAAGUUUCUAUUUAGCGAGGCGCGGCGGCCCGAGGCGCUGGGCGUGGCGCGGGGCGCGGGCGCGCAGGGGGGCGCCACGAGGAACCUGCUGGCGCCGCCCGCGCUGCCCGCCGCGCCGCGCACGCCGCAGGAUGUGCCGCCGCGCUCGCGCAAGUGCAGUAUAGUCCGCGAGGAAGAAGACGACGAGGAGGCCGCGGUGGCGGGAAGCGGCACCACGCGGUCUUCGGACGCGCGCCGCGGCUCGCGCUCCGAGGGCCGCCUGCAUCUGGCCGCGCGAGCCGCGCCCGCACCGCAGCUCGUGGCCCGCCCUGCGCAACUGGCUGAUAACCUCACUAAGGUGAACCUGACCGAAGGCGUGAGCGGCGAGGCGGCGAGGCGCGGGCGCGCCGAGUGCCGGCGGCGGCGCGGCGGCUCCUGCUCCUCUUCCGACCUGUCCGACGACGACUCCGAGAAGAAGAAACGGGCCGCUGAGCACAAGCCGCUGCCUGACAGAGCUCGUCGGGACUCGCAUGAUGACUCCAGCGACAGGUAUCAAUCAUACAUCAUCAUUCAAUUGUUUUUGUAG